AUGACCAGCAGACCCACGGUUUCCAUCAUCUCCGCCGACGGCAAGGCCGGCGAGGCUAGCCACCCCCUCCCCAAUGUCUUCAAGGCUCCCAUCCGUCCCGACAUUGUUCAGUCCGUCCACACUGGUAUGGCCAAGAACAAGAGACAGCCCUACGCCGUGAGCGAGAAGGCUGGCCACCAGACCUCUGCUGAGUCCUGGGGUACCGGCCGUGCUGUUGCCCGUAUCCCCCGUGUCUCCGGUGGUGGUACUCACCGUGCCGGUCAGGCCGCCUUCGGUAACAUGUGCCGUUCCGGUCGCAUGUUCGCCCCCACCAAGGUCUGGCGCAAGUGGCAGCAGAAGAUCAACCUUGGCCAGAAGCGUUUCGCUACCGCCUCUGCCAUCGCUGCCUCUUCUUCCGCCGCUCUCUUGAUGGCCCGUGGUCACCAGGUCGCCACCGUUCCUGAGGUUCCUCUCGUCGUCAACUCGACCGCCUUCAGCAACGCUGCCAUCACCAAGACCUCCGCUGCCGUCGCCCUCCUCAAGGCCGUCGGUGCCGGUGCCGACCUCGAGAAGGUCAAGGCUUCCAAGAAGCUCCGCGCCGGUAAGGGUAAGCUGAGAAACCGCCGCCACCGCCAGCGCCGUGGUCCCCUCGUUGUCUACAACCCCAGCGAGGAUGGCAAGGAGCUCGUUACCGCUUUCCGCAACAUCCCCGGUGUUGAGACUUGCACUGUCUUCUCCCUCAACCUCCUCCAGCUCGCCCCUGGUGGUCACCUCGGCCGUUUCAUCGUCUGGACCUCUUCCGCUUUCCAGGCUCUUGACAAGAUCUACGGCUCCACCACUGAGGCCUCUGCCCUCAAGAAGGACUUCCUUCUUCCCCAGAACUCUGUUGCCCAGCCCGACAUUGUCAAGCUCAUCAACUCCACUGAGGUCCAGUCUGUCCUCCGCCCCGCCAAGGGUGGUGCCAUCCAGAAGCGCACCAACGUCCAGAAGAAGAACCCUCUGCGCAACAAGCAGGUCCUUCUCCGCCUCAACCCUUACGCCACUGCCUUCUCCAAGGCUGGUCUUGGUCAGAAGAAGGCCGAGGACGGCAAGCCCGUCGCUCCCGCUUCCGAGUUCAAGACUCUUCUCCACGAGAACUAA